ACAGCUACAUGCGGCAGUUCUUACUGACAGGUGUGAUGAGAACGAAGCCAUCACGACAACCCGCGCUAUCUUCUUACUGUUGAACGGCGUGGUGCCAGCUAUGGCGCCCUCAAAGUCGCUCUUAGCAUUCUUUCUCGCAGUUGUUGCACUGCCCAAAUUGAAAGCUUGGACGACAGGCGAGUGGCACUGUCAUCGAUUGGUUCCGCUGUCCAUAACGUCAGUCGUGACUCCCUGUACUUUUCCGUGUCUGGUAAUUCCACCGAACACUGCGCAUGGCCAAAUUGUCCUGCGGCGAGAAAUGGACGGAACACCAUGCAAGGUUACAGGAAGUCACCCACCAGCAUUCCAAAUAUCCCGCUGUAGGAAUGGCAUCUGCCAACUGCCCGAUCUGCAGCUACACUUGAAACGUACGAAGAGGGAGGACCAACUCAGCCGCAAGCGGAGAGGUCUGGUGGGUUCCGUUAAGAAGAAAUACAAGAAAAGAAAGGAAAAAAGGAAGAAGAAGAAAGAGGAGAAGAAAAAACGAAAAGCAGAAGCUAAAAAGGCGAACAGUUAAUUCGGCGGUCUCGGUAAAACAGCUGUUUCAAGGAGGCACUGAAACAGGCGGCACCAGCACUAGUUUGCAGGGUAAAUUCUCGGUUUCGCAGCGGUGGCACCACCAAGGACACUACGGACCGCUCAAAACCAGUACGCAUAUAUACGACGGUUGAGAGAUUACACGCACUAGACCUCUGAGUUCAUGCAGCAUAUUCACAUCGUCGCAGAAAAAUUGUUUAAAUUGUCAAAUCGGUGCCACUGAUAUUUGUAUAAAUUGCAGCAGAAAGCGCACAGCUUUAAAAUUCACUGCUUUGUAGAGUCGUUAUAGUAUAUGCACGCGUGUUGCUAUUUUACGUGCUGUUUGCAAUUUCCUUGCAAGGCAAUAGUGCGAUUAAUAACUUUGCUGGCAUUUUCUUUCCUUGUAAAUUAGCAAAAGACGCGCGGUACGCAUUUCGCCUUUAGCUCGCCCACGUUGAAGACCGCAAUUUUCAAUAAAUAUUUUCUACCCUGAA